CCUGUCUCUCCCACCAGCCUUCUGCAAAGUCGUAAACGGAGGAAUCUCCCCUGGACCCUCCUACCUCCCCUUUCCUCACUCUGCAUGGUGGCCAGUCUCCGCUGUCAACCGGAAACAACAAAAGCACAAGUCACCAGGCUCUCACGUGAGGAAAGUCAGUCACCAGGCUCUCCCGUGAGGAACUGUCUUGAUCAGAUCGCUUGAAGCAGGAAGGACCCACCCUGAAUGUGGGCAACAUCCACCCCCUGGCAGCCCAGAUAAAAGGACCUGGAAGAAGGAAACUUUUGCUUUUCGCUUGCUUGCCUUCACUCUUGCUGGCAAGUGCAUCUGUACUGAGGCGCCCACCCUUUCACCGGUACUAGAACGAGGUUCUUGAGGCUUCCAACAGAGACUGAAGACCAGUGGCUCUCCAGGACCCUGCUGAGACAUCCCAUCUUAAAGACGUGCGAACAGCAGAAGUGAACAGAGCCCACACCCGAGCCAGCACGGCCUGAGAAGGACUUGACACUCUGACUCCAUGGUCCAAGGCAACAGAUGGAAGAUGGCAGCAAACCCUCUAAGAACAGCGCUUGCUUUGCUCUUCUUUGCGCUCUCCGGGGUGCUGGGCACUGGGAAAAUCUCUUGCAUAAAUGAGGAAGGUGAAGCUGUGGACUGGUUUGUCUUUUAUAAGCUACCCAAAAAAGUUGGCGAGGAUAUCGGGCUGCAGUACAUGUUCCUGGACUCCACAAUGGCAAGCUGGAGGAAGAGUCGCCAGCUGGUAAGCAGCAAAGAAAGCAUUUUGGGAAGGACCUUGGCGCAGCUAUAUGAGGCGUAUGCCUCCAAGCGCAAUGACACAGCCUAUCUAAUAUACAACGACGGGAUCCCUGAGUCUCAGAAUUACAACAGAAAGUAUGGACACACCAAAGGUCUACUGGUAUGGAACAGAGUCCAGGGGUUCUGGCUGAUUCAUUCUGUUCCUGGGUUCUCUCCGGUUCCCGAAGACGGCUUUAUCUACCCAUCCUCGGGGAGGAAGAACGGACAAAGCGGCAUCUGCAUAACUUUCAAAUACAGCCAGUUCAAAGCAAUAGAUUCCCAACUCUUGAUCUACCAGCCAAACAUCCGCAGCUGCUCCAUCCCAAACACCUUCCACAGGGAGCUCAUCCACAUGCCCCAGCUGUGCGCCAAGUCCAGCUCCUCUAAGAUCCAUGGCCGGCAGCUCACCAAGCUCCAAUCAGCCCAGGGACUGAACUUCCUCCAUUUUGCGAAAUCCAGUUCUUAUUCUGAUGAUAUCUUUGCAGCCUGGAUGGCUCAACACUUGAAGACACAUUUACUGGCAAACACCUGGCAGUGGAAGGCAUACGCACUUCCUUCAAACUGUUCCCUUCCUUACCAUGUCUACAACAUCAAGAAACUUAAGACACCUGACCAAUUUUACUUCCCUUCUUCCUCUGACCAUUCCAAGUGGUGCGUUUCCACCAAGAACUCCAGACAUCAAUGGGUUUGUAUUGGAGACCUAAAUCGGAGCAAAUACCAAGUCUUCAGAAGUGGAGGAUUCAUCUGCACCAAGAAUCGGUACAUUUACCAAUCGUUUUAUAGAUUAGUCGUCUCUUAUGAACCGUGUGACUAAGCUUGGGGAAAAGAUGCAUGCACUCUCCUUGGAAACACUGGAAAUGGAAUUUCUUGCCUUGGAUCUACUCUCCAUAUGUUAAAGGCUUCUGAGUAUGCACAACAUAGCGUCCAUUUACUGUUCUGUUUUCAUCAGUAGAAAUUUGUCUCCUUUGUGUUUAUGGAACUAGAAAUGCAAAUGAUGGCAUGUAAAUAAUGAAAAUGGAUGAAAUGAAAGAAGGCAUUCUCUUUAGUUUGGCCAUCUUUAGUGGCCUAUCUUGUGUAUUAAAUUUAGUCUCUUUCACAAAGCUCUCCUGAUUGUCCUGUUUGAAGAAAAUAAAAGCACCUCCCCUUGC